AUGCCGGAUGUGACAUCAGCUUGCUUCCUCUUCCCUGAGCCGCGUGCUCUGAGGAACACCUCAGGUGGUGAGUCCAGUGACCAGUGGCUUCCAGUCAGAAGGGGGAAAGAGAGGUGGUCCCAGGUGCUGCUGGGUGUGAAGGCUGUGAUUCUCCAUUGCACACUCAUCCUUCUGAACUUCUGCCUACUGCCAAUCACAGGAAUUGUCAUGCCUGGGCAUCAGAAGAGUCAAGAAGGCACCCAUGGUGAAGACCUUCAGAUCCGCAGUGAGAUCCAGGGCCCAGAGGUUGCACAGGUGUCAGGGGCUGUGGAGGCGCCCUCUACCUCCUCCUCCCAGCUUCUGAUGCCUGGCAACCUGAGUGAGGCUCCUGGUGCUCUAACACCCAGCACACCCAGCACUCCUGAGGAUCUUCAGAAUUCCUGCUCCUCUCCUGUUGCCGUUAUGGCCCCCUCUUUGAUCCAGUCCAGUGAAGGCUCUGGUAGCAAAGAAGAGGAGAGUGUUCCAAACACCUCAGCGAUGGCGGCAGACCCCGAGCAUGUGCCCAAAAGUGCUCUGGAUGAGAAAGUGGCUUUCUUGGUGAAUUUCCUGCUGCUCAAGUAUCAAAUGAAAGAGCCAGUCCGAAAGGCAGAUAUGUUGAAGUUCAUCAUGGAAGAUGAUGAGGUCCGCUUCUGUGAGAUCUUCCUGCGGGCCUCUGAGCGCCUGGAGAUGGUCUUUGGCCUUGAUGUGAAGGAAAUGGAUCCCAUCAACCAAUGCUAUGGCCUCUCCAUCAAGCUGGGCCUCACCUACAAUGGGAUGCUGAGUGAUGAAGAGAAUAUACCCAAGACCGGGCUCCUGAUACUCAUGCUGAGUGUGAUCUUCAUGAAGGGUAACCGUGCCACUGAAGAGGAGAUCUGGGAUGUGCUGAAAAUGAUGGGGAUCCAUCGUGAUCAGAAGCACUUCAUCUUCGGGGAUGCCAGGCAGCUCAUCGCCCACGAUUUUGUGAGUGAAAAGUACCUGGAGUACCACCAGGUGGCCAACAGUGAUCCAGUGCAGUAUGAGUUCCAGUGGGGCCCAAGAGCCCAUGCCGAAACCAGCAAGAUGAAAGUCCUCGAGUUUUUGGCCAAGGUUCAUGGAACCGACCCACGUGAUUUCUCAGCUCAGUAUGAGGAAGCUCUGCUAGAAGAAGAGGAGAGAGCACUGGCCAGAAUUUCAAUUCAGUCUGCCUCUAGUUCCUUGGCCACUGCCAGUUCCAGUGCCAUGGGUGGCAGCUCCUCCAGCAUCUAG